AAAAGGUCGGAACAAAAAGACCAAAAUUUGAUAAACGAGCAGAAUGACGCCAAAGCUAAACAGUUUUGUUCUUUACUAAAUUGGUGAUAUUUUCAACUUAGUUGUAAAUAUAGGGGCAAUGAGUGAUGCAGAGAACCGAGGCAACAGUGAAGCUAGUACUCCCCCCAAAAAGAAGGCAAAAUAUGGUAAAAGCAAGCAUUUAAAAUUGAGUGGUUGACCGACCCAGAUUUAAAAGACUGGGUGGAACCUGAUGUAAGUGAUAAAUAUGCUGCAUUAUGCAGGGUAUGCAACUGUAAACUAAAUAAUUGUAACAAGUCCGGGCUCUUCAAGCACAAGGCUUCCACCAAGCACAUGAAAAAAUUAUCUAAAAAAAAAUAGUUCUGAUAUACAAUACUUACUGAAAAAACUUCAAGGCAAGAUCUACAUGAUCAAGCUCGGCAGGUAGAGACUGCUCUCAAAAUUCAUGGUAGAGCAUAGAAUGGAUUUUUCAAUUGCAGAUCACUUGGUAAAAUUAUUAAAGAAAAUGUUCCCAGACAGUAAUAUUGCUCAAAAUUUGAAGAUGAAAAUGAAAAAAGAAAAAAUAACUCACGAUUUUGGCGUGUGAGAGCCAGACACAGAGCAAAGAGAGCUUCACAAUAAGGCGAGGAGCAGCAGCCGGUCACUGAAAUAUACUAACAAAAUGGCUUUGGAAGCAAUAAAAUGGAAUGAAAAUAAGCUAUACAUCCUUGACCAACUUCGCUUGCCGUUAGAAACAGAAUAUAUUACUGUCAACAAUGUUAAAGAAGGCUGGCAAGUCAUAAAUAAGAUGCAGGUUAGAGGAGCUCCUGCAAUUGCAAUUGUUGGUUGUCUGAGUCUAGCAACUGAAUUGAGUCAGGCAUCAUUUAAGGACAAACAUGAGCUGCUCGAAACCAUAUGUGAAAAGUUGCAGUAUCUAGUAACAGCUCGACCUACUGCUGUUAACAUGAAGAAAGCUGCUGAAGAACUGACAUCGUUUACUAAGAAUUUGUAUAAUGAUAAGGUUUCAGUUACAGAGAUGGUCGAUUCAGUAAUUAGUUGGUGCCAGAAGAUGUUAAAUUAUGAUGUUAGUACUAAUAAGAAAAUUGGUGACUUUGGUGCUGACUCAAUUUUGAAAUCUGCUGGAGGCAAGAAUGUAAAGAUACUGACACACUGUAACACUGGCUCACUGGCAACUGCUGGCUAUGGUACAGCACUUGGAGUUGUUCGAUCCAUUCAUGCACGUGGAUGCUUAGAUCAGGCCUACUGCACAGAAACUCGUCCAUACAACCAAGGUGCACGCCUCACUGCGUAUGAGCUGGUGUAUGAUAAAAUACCGGGAACUUUGAUCUGUGAUAGUAUGGUAGCAGCCUUGAUUAAUUCUCACAAGAUUGAUGCCAUUGUCGUUGGAGCUGAUCGAGUUACCAGCAAUGGUGAUACAGCAAAUAAGAUAGGCACCUAUCAGUUAGCUGUCAUUGCUAAACACCAUAAUGUUCCAUUUUAUGUGUGUGCUCCUACAUCAUCCAUUGACCUAAAUUUAGCUGUGGGCAAGGAUAUACCAAUUGAAGAACGACCACACAAUGAGAUGACAGAUAUUGCUGGUAUUAAGAUUGCAUCCCCAGGUAUAUCUUGCUGGAACCCUGCAUUUGAUGUCACUCCUGCAGAAUUGAUCACAGGUGGAAUUGUCACAGAGUUAGGAAUCUUCAAACCUGCAGAGUUGGCUGACAAAUUGAAAGCCUAAAGAGAGUAAACUUUUGUUUUGUCUUUUACAAUGUAAUUUUUUGUAUUGGUAUAGGAUCACAUGAGUAAUCACCCCAACUUAUUUCAUCUUAAGAUUAACCACCCUCAAGUAAACCUAACACAACCCAUCCCAACCCAAUGCCCCCAGGUAGUAUUAGGGAGUUUAAUCGUAAGUGGAAAAAAGUUGGGGUGGCAAAUUUUCAUGUGAUUCUGGUUUAUUUUUCAAACUGAAUAUAGAUUGUUCCAAAUUUUUUCAAACUUGAGAUUUUAUAGUUGAGAUUGAGGACUUAACGUGAUAGCUGCACCAAUAAAAACUUGCACUGGAUACCAUGAAAAUAUCCUGUUAACACCAGUAUAUUAUCUUGAUAGUUACUGAUAUUGAUGAAAGCUAGUAAAAGAUGGUAUGAAGUAGUUAUGUACCUAAGUUAUAUACAGUACAGUACUGUAUAUGCUCGUAAGGGUAGUUCUCAAUAUGAACAUGGAAUGAUGAAAAAGAGGAAUGGGGUGCCUGUUAUAUUAGUGAACAUUUUAUUUUUGUUUAGUAAUGUGCUUUUUUAUUACUUUUCAUAAGUUUGUAUGGUUGCUACAUUACUUAGUAUUAUAUUUUUGCCUCAUGAAGUUGCCAAGUAUUCAUGAAUGUUUAUAGUAGUUGAUAUAUUAUGUAUUACACCUGGAACUAUAAUAAAUUGUUAUGGAAUGUGUUGGGGUUUUAUGGUGAUUUUCCUUUGUUUGUUUGACCUAGAAAUUAAGUUUUUGUGAGAUACUCCUAAUUACUAUGGACUAGGCUGCAUAUAAUAAUAAAAGACGACUACUGUACAUAGUUAGCUUAUCAAACAUGUUUGGUUUUCUGUUUUAAAUUCAGUUUUCAGAAAACUUAGUACAAAUUUUAAAUAAGAUCGCUGGAUUGCAGUGCAGGAUUUUUCUGGAGUGAGCAGAAAUCUAAAAAUUUACAUUUAUAUUUGUUACUGAUUGCAUUCUUUAAAUUUUCAGUAGUGCACUGUUCUGUGUUAUAAAUCAGUGCAGUCCAUAACAAAUGUGCUAAAAUUGACAUGUCAAUGUUUAAUUUUUUUUCACUGAAAUCAGCAUUCAAGAAUUUGUAUGUGUGUGUGUGCUUGUCAGAGGCUGACAGUGGGAACUGUUAUUAUAAAACUUAAAAAUAAAUAUUCCUAUAAUU